AGAGCACUGUGGUGUCCCCGCAUGUGCUGAUGUCACCCGGGGCUCCCUGUCCCAGUAUAAGUCCAGGCUGUGCUGCUGCACAGGGAAGGGGUCUCUACACCUGCUGCGUGUCUCCCAGACAUGUCCUCUGCUCCAGCCUCCAUUUCCCAGGACCAGCCUCGAGGUACUCUAUGGCUCUGCCUCUUGUUCCUGCUGCCCACCUGUGCCUCUGCCACCAUCGCCAGCCCCAGCACCAAUCCUGGCAUCAAGGCCUGGCUGACCCAGAGGACACUGGAGUUCGGCCGGCGUUUUGGGCUGGAGAUGCUCCAGUCGAUGCUGCAGAAGGAACAUGAGCUGAACCUGACGGGUUCCUACAACACCCCGCUGCUGGGCACGCUCACCUACACCGUGCCACGGAUUCACAUCCAUGAGCUGCAGAUGAAUGAAUCCACGCUGGACUUUGCCGAGGACGUGGGGCUGAGGCUGACGGUGCAGCGCGCCCGAAUCCAGCUCAGCGCCGACUGGGCAGCCCAGCUGGGCGCCGUCCAGGACAGCGGCUCUGUGGAGCUCCGCAUGCAGGACCUGGCCGUGGCAGCCGUGUUGGGGGUGAGUGAGGAUGGCAGCGGCCACCCCACGGUUUGGAGCGCCGGCUGUGACACCCGCGGCACCGACCUGCACAUGGAGUUUCAGCGUGGCUACAGCUGGCUCUACAACCUGCUGGCACCUCUGCUUCAGAGAACCCUGCAGCAGCAGCUCAACAAGCAGCUCUGCCUCGUGCUCCACAGGGGCAUUGAUCGGCUGGACACUGCCCUGAAGCACAUGAAAGUGUCCACCCAGCUGGACACCAUUGCUGCCAUCGACUACUCCCUGCUGGGACCGCCAACCUUCACAGAGGAGUAUGGGGACAUUGCCCUCAAGGGGGAGAUCUUCAGGGUGGGCACGUACCAGCAGAGACGCUCAGCACUGCCUGCAGUGCCGCCUGUGGCACCAGGCAUGGCACUGCCCGUGGCUUUGCCCACGCCCCUGCCCACGACACCACCCCUGGCACACGAGCCCAUGCUGCUGUUGGCUGUCACCGAGCUCGUCGCCAGCUCAGCCGCCUUCACCUACUUCACAGCCGGGGCCCUGCGCAGGAACAUCUCCAGUGCCAUGCUCCCUCGGCGGUUCCCGCUCCAGCUGAGGACCAAGAGCAUGGAGGUCUUCUCCCCUCAGCUGCAGGAGCACUAUCCAGACCAUCCCAUGGAGCUGCAGCUCUGGGCCCGCCAGCAGCCGCUGCUCUCCUGCCAUGCUGAUGCCUUGCACGGGACCCUCUUCAGCUCUGCCGAGGCCUUUGUGGUGCUGCCCAACGCCACCCGUGUCCCUGCCUUUCUGCUGAACAUCGAUGCCAACGUGACAGGGAAGCCAACGAUCACCAGGAACAGACUCGGGGGCACUGUGAGACUGACAGGGCUCCAUGUAACACAAGUGGCAUCAAACGUGGGCCCAGUGGAGGUGAAGCGUCUGGAGACCCUGCUGAAGUUCGGGCUGUGGCUUUUUGGGGUUCCCCGGGCAAACAAGUGGCUCCAGGCUGGCAUCCCCCUGCCCCUCCCACAUGGCCUCAGCCUGCUCAGACCCCGGCUCUCACUGCAGCAGGGCUUCGUGCUCAUCGCCACGGACCUGCAGUACGAGCCAUGA